GAACUUCCGCCGGGUGUUGCACGCGGAGUCCCGCAAUUCGGCAGCGGCGAUGGCUGCUGCUUGUGUUGCUUCCACCGCCUGCCUCGGCAGCGUCGACGGAUCUCGGGUGGCGCGACCCGCGGCGCGCUGAUAUGGUUUCGCCGAAGGCUCCCGAACGACACUGCGGUCGCCGUGCGAGGCUUUGGACGCAAGCGUCACCGACAGCAGCCGAGAAGAGGCAGCGAUGAGCGAGUUCGCCGAAAAGGACAAGUGGGUCUGUCCCAACGACCGGGAGCUGGCGUUGCGGGCAAAGCUGCAAACGGGCUGGUCGGUGAAGACGGGAGCCCUGAGCAGCUUCUCCCGCCACGAGCAGCUUAACGACAACGAACAGGAGCUCAUCGUGGGCGUCAUCAAGAGGGCCGACAUGCUCGAACAGCUCGAACAGCGACGAGUAGGGCGCCUCGUCGACCGACUGGAGAACAUGAAGCGGAACGCGCUCGGCAAUGGAACGAGCCAGUGCGUCCUGUGCGCCAACGAGUUUGGGCUGCUCAGCGGUUCUCCGCUCACGUGCUACGACUGCAGGAAGGCCGUGUGCAGCAAGUGCAGCGUGGACACCUACGGUGCCCAGAAAGAACAAAUAUGGCUAUGCAAAAUUUGCUCAGAGACUCGGGAGAUGUGGAAGAAGUCCGGUGCCUGGUUCUACCGCGGCCUGCCCAACUACGUGGUGCCGGAGAAGAGCGAGACGAGCUGCCGCUACGGUCCCGUGCGGAGCAACCACAACGGCACUGAGGCGACCUCCGCGGCGCUCGUCGGUCGAGGAUGGCACAAGGGGACGCAGAAUGAGAAGGACCUGAGCGACAGCUCGGAAGACGAGUCGAAAGGUGCGCGCGUCAACAGGAGGGUCAUCACGAGGAAGGCUCUCUAUGAUUCCACGGACAGCGACUCGUCGGCGAGUCCACGGAUGGGGAGCGGAUUCCCGGUUUCGCCGGACCAAAGCUCGGAGCGGUUAAACAAGCCCGAUAGUUCUGGGGACUUGGCCAGGCCAGACCACGCGUCCGACGUCUCUUCGAGUCGCAACUCUCCAACGCCCAGCGUGCGCUCCCACCACUCGGACAUGGCCCCGUGGAGGCAGCGGCAACUGCAGAGGGAGAAGGAGGCCGCUGCGGCCGCCGCAGCCGAAGAAGACGACAGCGAAGACGCGACCAGUGCUCACCGAUUCUCGCCUUAUCUCGUCGAGGACCGCUCGGCCGACAGCCUGGGCAGCAUCGGCGGCACGGGCCGCUAUGUGAGCGCCCACCCGCCGCGAUCCUCGCGCCGGGAGUUGCUCGACGUGGAAGGCGGCGACGACGCCAGCAGCAACUGGAGGCCGCGCCGACUCAAGUUAUCGGCGGGCACCCUGGAGUUCUCGCUGCUCUUGCUCAACGGCGGCAAGGCACUCAAGUGCAUCAUCCAUCGCGCAAAGGAGCUCUACGGCACAGACUACAGCGGCUUUUCCGACCCCUUCGUUAGGGUACAACUACUCCCCAGCUUCAAAAAGGGUGAUACGAAGCAGACAAAGACUCUGCACAAGACCGUGAACCCCGAGUUCAACGAGACUCUCGUAUUCCACGCAGACAGCGCCAUCGACGAACGAAAGCUCAAGCUCACCGUGCUGGACGACUACCGGUUCGGGAGCUGUGCCCUUGGCUCGACCACGGUGCCGCUCUCCCUGCUCACGCCUAACCAGAUGUGCUGGCUCAAUGCAGCCCUCGACAGGAGCCGACAGGGUCAUGACGAGUCGUCGUGCCCGCUGAGCGCGGACCGUCCCCGGGUGCUGGUGUCCCUGAUGCAUGCCAGCGGCCGGAACCAGCUCAUUGUGGGCCUCGUCCGAUGCGUGCGCCUCAUGCGGAGGGACCGGACACCAACGGCACCCUUCGUGCGACUAAACCUGAAACCUGACGCCGGUCAUCCGGGCUGGAAAACAACCGCAAAAAAGAAGACUGCCGAUCCAGAGUACAACGAGGAGCUCGCCCUGAACCUGCAGUCUAACGGAGAUCUCGCCAAGCACUUUCUGCAAGUCACCGCCUGGGACAAAGACAGCGGGAAACCGGACGAAUAUCUAGGUGGCAUCGAGCUGGGCCUGCACUGCAAGCGGGACCAGCUGCAGCACUGGAUGGACGUGGCACGCUUUCCCGACCAGCGCUUCGAGCGCUGGCACCCACUGGUCGACGUGCCGCUGGUGCCUUGACGAGCACAGCGGCCUCGCUCCUGCC